GAAUUGAACUCCCCGUAUCCUAUUAUUGGAUUUUCGCCUGCCCUUGAGGAUGGUACCGAGCUACAUCAUCUCCAAAAUCUUGUCGACGAAUUAGUGGAAAGUGAAGAAGUUUUUUUAGUGUCUAUGAAGCUCUUGAGGGCAUUCUAUAUCGACCCUAUCAUUGACGAGAGACGAGAACUAGGCACCCCAUUUCUCUACUUUAAUACCGUCUUGCACGAACUUGUUAAGCAUCAUGAGCAAGUACUUCGUUCGAUGCAUGAAAUGAGGAGAUCCAGCCCAACAAUUAGUGAUUGUGCAGUAAGCUUAACUACUCUAGUGGGAGAAGUAGCUUUGGACCCCUUUCUUUCUGAUGAAUAUUACAAUGUGCAUAAAUUGUUCAUGAAACAUAUGGAGGACAAUUCAAAGUAUCCCACCCAAAGCGUUGAGCUAGAUGUUCGAUGGACAAAAGCGUUAGGUAGAUAUCUAGAAGCAAUACAGCCCUCGACCAAACGGCUGGAUUUGUCAUUUGAAUCACUUAUGCAGAAGCCUAUUGCCAGGAUUGGCAAAUACAGAUUGUUACUUGACAAUAUUUCACGGUAUGCACCAAAGGAUCUGGAAAGAAUAGGGCAGAGUCUAGAAGAAGUAAAAUACAAACUAGGAAGGGUAAAUGAUUCGUCUAAUUUACUUAAAGAAGAGCCAACUUCUCAUAUCAGCCGCUUGCUAGAGUUUACAAAUGUAAUGUUCAGUGGAUCACAAAUUACUCCAUCCUUCUUCGGUCCUUUAAUUCUAUGUGGUGCCAUUCAUAUAGUUUGGUUUGCUAAUAACCUGAUUGAAUCUGCUAUGUGUGCCAGUUUUCUAUUCAAAGGGCAUUUGAUACUUGCAGAAACCAAAAAGAGAAAACUGAAGUGGCGUGGAGCAGUUCAGCCGCUUUUCAUAAUUUCGAUGGCUCGAUGUCAGUUAUCUACGGAUAAUGAUGGAGGGUUAUUCAGUCUAUACCCGUGGGUAAUAAAGUUGAUAUUUGAGGAAAGCAAUUGUCAUUUUGAAAUACUAUUCACUUUUUGCACCAUGCAAGAGUACCAUGUUUGGCUCACCUACCUCACAAUAAUGGUCGAGGUUGUUCAUGGACCAAACAAGCUUACCUUCAAUGAUAGCUUUGAAUAUCUUAUGAAGUACCCCUCUAUUCAGCCAUGCGAUGUUUCUGAUUUUAAGGCUAAUAAUGUUCAGAAACAGCAAUGUUACUAUCAAGAUUGGAAACACAUUCGAAUAGUUGUUGAU